AUGACGGUCCACGCGGCUCGCUUCACCCCAGAGGUGCUUCUUUCUGCCCCUCGUCGUUCGGCUGGUGUCCCGAACUCGACGGGUGAACUGGUGCUCUACACCGUUUCUGCGUACUCGUUCGAGACUCAUUCCAAGUCUUCUCAGAUCCGGGUCCUCAACAUCAAAGAAGGCACCUCCCACCUUGUGUCUGAGGAUUCGGGCGCCAGCGACCCCGUUUGGAUUGGCGAGAAUGAGGUCAUGUAUCUCAAGGGCGGCGACAAUGGCUGCACCAUGAUUAUGGCCCAGCGGGUGCUGGACAACUCAGAACCUCAGAUGGUCCACUACUUGGCUGGAAAUGUCUCAAGCCCCAAGACCAAGGUCUUGUCAAACGGCAAGGUCGCCAUUUGCUUCGCCGGACUGACCACUCCCAAGGGGGAGCUGUACUGGCCUCCCGCCGAACACAAGACCCACGACUCGGCCAAGAUUUACACCUCUCUCUAUGUCCGACAUUGGGAUACCUGGAACACCCCGAAUGAGAAUUCAUUAUGGUACGGCCGACUGGCCAAGAUUGACGGAAAAUGGGCUCUGGAAAGCCCGGGCCUGACUAACCUCUUGGCCGGUACCGACCUCAAGUCUCCCGUUCCUCCAUUCGGAGCCUCUGGCGAUUUUGACAUCUCCGCCCAUGGCAUCUGCUUCGUGGCCAGGGAUCCAAAGAUCAAUCCCGCAAGAUACACCAAGACUGACCUCUACUACGUGCCCAUCAAGUCGUUUGUUGAGAAGCCACCCGCUCCGCUGAUUGUCAAGACCGGCAACUUGGUGGGUUACAGUAUCGCUCCAACCUUUAACAAGAAUGGCAGCAAAAUUGCUUUUGCUAGAAUGAGGAAUAUUCAGUACGAGGCCGACAAGACCAGGCUGCUGCUCAUUCCCGACGUCAACGAUCUUAGCAACGUUGAAGAGUUUUAUGAGACGAGCGAUGGCGAAGGCGGUUGGGACCUGAGGCCAGACUGGAUCAUCUGGAGCCACGACGAAAAGGAUUUGUACGUCGGCGCUGAGAAGCAAGGCCAAAUUGUACUCUGGAAGCUUCCCUCUUCUCCUGCCGAUGCUAAUGAGCUGCCUACACCUUUCCAUCUGGACGGCUGCGUUAGUGAUGCCAAGUUGCUGGGGGAUGGUCCCAGCUUGCUCAUCAGCUCUAAGUCCCGUGUUGAGAGCUCGCUGUACGCUGUUUUGGACCCCGCAUCAGAGUCAGUGACUGAGAUCUCGUCGAGUUCCAAGAAUGGCAAAUCAUUUGGUCUCAACAGUUCUAUGCGAGCUGAUUUCUGGUACCGCGGCUCGCUCGGGUACUACGUGCACGCUCUCGUUACAAAACCUUCCAACUUUGACCCUUCAAAGAAGUAUCCUCUGGCCUUCUUGAUCCACGGCGGCCCGCAGGGUGCUUGGUUGGAUGAAUGGAGUACACGAUGGAACCCAGCCAUCUUCGCCGAGCAGGGCUACGUUGUCGUUUCCCCUAACCCGACUGGCAGCACUGGUUACGGCCAGAAACACAUUGACGCCAUCACGUGUAACUGGGGAGGUAACCCUUAUGAGGAUUUGGUGCUCUGCUUUGAGCACUUGGAAAAGAAUGUGGAUUACAUUGACACCUCACGAUCAGUCGCGCUGGGAGCUUCGUACGGAGGUUACAUGAUCAACUGGAUCCAGGGCCAACCCCUAGGACGCAAGUUCAAGGCCCUCGUCUGCCAUGACGGUGUAUUUUCUACUCAAAAUCAAUGGUCAACUGAGGAACUGUUUUUCCCCGAGCAUGACUUUGGCGGCACACUGUGGGAGAACCGAGAGACCUAUGCCAGAUGGGAUCCAUCUCUGCAUUGCCAGAAUUGGAAAACUCCAAUGAUGGUUCUGCACAAUGAGUUGGAUUAUAGACUGCCUAUUUCUGAGGGGUUGGCCAUGUUCAACGUUCUGCAAGCCCGAAAGGUCCCGAGUAAGCUUGUUGUAUUCCCGGAUGAGAACCAUUGGAUAAUCAAGCCAGAGAACUCUCUUGUGUGGCACCGAGAAGUAUUGGGCUUUAUCAAUAAGUAUAGUGGAAUUGCUGGCCAGGAAGAGGCCGCGUAG